AUGGUGAAGAAUUUGGUCAAAAACGAAAUGCUGGUAGUUCUGCUAGUGUUGUCAUUCCUCACGGUAACUUUUUGUGACACUUCUCCAUGUAAACAAUACAAUGGGCAAUGCGGCUCCUCAGAUUUUCAGAUCAAAGUAUUUAUUAGCUACUUUUGGGAAAAGCUUGAUAUUCUCAUGAGCUGGAAUCAAGAUCUAGCUAGCAGGGCGAGGACUGGCAAAACACCGACAGGCUACUGGGGAUAUAAAUAUGGAAGGAGAUUCACGAAUCCAGGAAGGACGUCACUGAAGGAAAAAAUGAUAACGAUCUUGGAUAACUUCAAAGGCAUAUACAAAUAUAUCGACCGCUUGCCUGAUGGGGCGGAUAUUGGAUGCGCCUGCACGUGCUCUCCAGAUGAGACAAUCGUAGAAAUUGGAUGCUUCUUCCCGAAUCGUUAA